GUUGAAUUAUAAAAGGCCAAGCUUGAAAAGAAAUUAUGCUAAACUUCCAUUGAGUUUUGUGGAUAGAAGACAUCACGUUCUUCUACAAUAAAAUUUAUUCACAAAAGGUUUUGAAAACAAAGUUUUGAUGAAAAUAUUUCCAACUCUGUUUAUGAUUCUUUCCAUAACCUAUGGAUUGAAUGCAUUUUCUUCAGCUCGUUAUGCUAAACCAGGUGAAAGUUGCCCUGAUAGGAUCUUCGCCGACCCCGGACCAAGGCAAAUUCACUACAUUUAUCAUGGUGAAACUUGUGAUUGUCCAAAGUUUCAUGACGUUGUUGUAGAGAAACCUGUGGAUCGUGUUAAAACUGGUACGCAAGUUCAUGAAUAUGGUAUUCAAAUGCAACCAAAUAAGAUGGAAGAAAAAGUCAAUCGAUACAUCUUUGAUGUCCGAGUUGAAACUCCCGUCGAUAAGGCUCGUGACAGACCUCAAUCAUUCAAUUAUCAAAUUGUUGCACCAGUAAAGCCUGCAGAAAAGGAACCAGUUCGAUAUAUAUUUGAUUCUCGUGUUGAAGAACCAAUCAAGCCAUGCAAAGAAAAACCAUGGCAAGGACUAGUUGCACAAGUUGAUCGUGUGUUGAUGCCAGCAAGAGAUUGCAACAAUCCCCAUCAUACACCUCAAACCUGCAAUUGUGGAUGUCGUGACCCUUCACAUACACCACAAACAUGCACUUGCGGAUCCAAUGACUAUACAUUGCCAAUUGUUUAUAACUACAAUCAUGAAGAAAGUUCAAUAAAAGUCAAACGUGAUGCAAAGUCAAGUUUAAGAGAUAAAUUGAAGAUUCAUGAUCGUAAUCGAAAAACUCCUAAAAUGGGACCACUCAAAGCACUCACUUCGAAAGGUUUAAAAUUAUGGGAAGAAAAUUUGAAGCCUAAAUUAAAGUCAAAAACAAAAUCUCGAAGUUUGAUGAGACAUCCUCGAAGAAAACGCGGAAAUGGUUCACCGUGUGGCUAUUCUUACCAUUCUUGCGAUCCAAAGAAACACAACAAGGAUGGUUGUCCAUUAUGUUAUCGAUGCAAUUGCGAGCCAAUUGAUAAGCAAGAAGCCGGUCAAAAGUUUUCUCCGUACGACUUUAAAGUUCCAUAUAAACUAGUAAAGCAUGACGAGUCACCUGGCACAGCUCCAACAUUUCAAGAAUUUGAUGACGAACAACCUUCUUACACGGGAUUGAAAGAUCCUGAGAUGUAUAAGAAGUACAUUCAACAGUUAGUUUCAAAGUAUCCUGAGCACAUGUCACGAACAAUGCCAGAUUUGAAAGAUCAGCAACAAGAUUUGCUGAAGUUUAUAAGUGAACUUGCCGAAUCUGAUUCUUCUCCUGGUGAUGUGAUGGAGGGUGAAGAUGUUCGUUACAAACUUGUUGAUAAUGCUAUGGAUAUGUACAAAUAUUACGAGAAAGCUGUCAGUAAAUUACCAAAGUUGACUCCUGGCGAUGGAAAACUGUUUAAAAAGCGUGGAAGUGUUCUUGAAGUCAUCGAAUUGGAUCCAAAUGAUCUUAAAGGAAAUUACAAAAUUAUAAAUUAACAUUACAUUGAGGGUUUGACUAACGCUUUUGAUGACUGACCAAACGAAAGAAAACAAAUUUGUGAGAACUUAAGAAAUAUUUAAUAAAUGUUACGAAAUUAAAUUGAAA